AUGCCGGAGCGGAAACAUCAGACUGAUAUUGUUGCGCAGAAGGUGGGGGAAUAUGGGCAGCCUGGCCAAGAGGAACAGCUUGUAGUUGUUUAUUUGGGUACUGGGUACCAUAAGCCAGUCCGGCUCGAUGGGCGGCCUGGUUUGGUGGAGCGACCUGCAUCUGCUGGGGAGGAUAGACCAAUUGAGACAUUUGGGGCGACAGGUCUGACUGGGAUAGCUGACUGUACUGAAGUGGCUGGUUUGACUGGGUCAGCAAGGGCGACCGCUGGUAUUGCUGUUGCUGGCAAAUCUGAUUCUGGUGCUGAAAACAUCGUACUUGCUGAUCCUGUGCCAUCUGUUGCUGAGCCGGCUGAAGUGCUUGCAUCGACCGAGGCAGUUGCUGCUGGGGGUUCCGUCGGAGGGCUUGUUGCUGGUAAGCCUGUUGCAGUUGUAGCGUGUGUGUAUCUUGUUCUAUCUGCCGCUGAGCCGCCUGAGCUGCUUGUGUCUGAGGUGACACGGGUGACAUCAGGUAGUGCCGUUGUGGGUUGGCUAGGGGCAUAUUGGAUAGGCGCUGUUCGUCUUCCACCUUGUGCGGAGCGUACAUGA